GAUUUCCCGUGAUGGCGGCUUCGAAAAGUGAGGGCCAGUCUGCAUGGCCGGACCUGCCGCCGGAACUGCUGGGUGCCGUCCUUCGCCUCCUCCCAUCUCUCGCCGACCGCGUCCGCCUCCGCGCCGUGUGCCGCCCGUGGCGCUCGGGCGCAACCGGGCUCCCGCCGUCGCACCUCCACCUCCCCUGGCUCGUGUUCGGCGACGGCACCCUCCUAGACGUUGCAAACAACGCCGCGCACCGCGGGAACAUCCCCGACGACGCCGUGUGCUACAGCGCCGGCGAUAACAUGCUCUUCGUCGCGCACGACGACGGCCGGUGCUCCCUGGUGGACGCCUUCUCCGGCGCCGCGGCGGCAACCCCUCUCCCAGAGCUAGCCGCACUCCUCCGCGCUCGCAAGGUGAACCCCCGCGACCUGCUUCAGCCAAUCACCAAGGUCGCGGUGUCCACGUCCUCGGCAGAGCUGGAAGAAGGCUGCCGCCUCAUCGCCGUCGUGAUCGACAGCGAAAAGGUCAUCAUCUCGACGUGCCGGCCGGCCGGCGAGACCAACGCGUGCCUGGCGCUGGACGACUACUUCGACUUCUGCAUCGCCGACAUCAAGUUUUUCCAAGGGCGGAUCUACGCUCUGUCCAAGCGCAACGAGACACUCUGCGCCCUCGACCUCAACAAAGGCCGCAUCAACGAGCUGCCGGAAUCGCCACCCGGCUUCGAGGUCAUACGCGGAGGGUCAUCCGACAAGAUCAAGAUGGAUCAGGAGCCUCAUCUGCAGGAAGAUCCAUGGCCGUUUGGCCACAUGGUUGCCGGGCGGUAUCUAGUCGUGUCCAACGGCAAGCUGCUCAUGGUGAGGCGGUGGACUCGCAAGCCUCUGCUGAGCUCUAGCUCCCCGUACUCGAUAUUUCAAUUCCGUGAUCCCGAUGGAUACGAAGCUAAGCGGAAUCGCCGGUUCGAGGUCUUUGAGAUGGACCGCAGCUACCGCCCGUGGCAGCGCAAUGGCCGAUGGAGCAAGCUGCAGGACCUUGACGGCCAGGCUCUCUUCGUGUCCCCGCCAUGCUCCAAGAGUGCGCCUCCAGCACGCCAUGGAGCGAGGGAAGACUGCAUCUACUUCGUGCAUCAGAUGGGCCCGUGGAAACCAGAAGAUCCACUCGGCGACUCCGGCGUCUACAACAUGAGAGACGGGACGAUCACGCGACCGUUGCUGCCGGAGCCUGCGGCGCUGUCGGCUUCACUGCCGUGGAGCUACCGGUUUCCUGCGUGGGUUUUCCCGGUUGAUUGAAGGUUUAUAAUUCAAGUUUGAUCUACAUGGCUUCUCAUCUCA